UCAUAAUUGGAAUUAUGCACUUGAUCAAAUUAAGUACGUUUACACAAAUGAGAAGAAAAUAAAAGAACAAUAUUUGUGAUAUUUUUGGUUUUGCUGUUAGGAUGAAAUUAAAGUGGUUUUUGACAAUUGCAACAAUAACUUUCCUAUCGCUGGGCGUAUUUGCAUACUCUGGAGAAUCAGAAGACUCAAGUGUCGUAGAGUCAGAAUUAUCAGGAGAAUAUGAUGCGUACACAAGUAGCAGAAAUGAAAAUUGUCAAAAAAAAUCAAGGGAAAAUUUUUUUGAAUUAAAUAAUGAGCAGAACCAAAAAUGUUCACUUACAUCUGCAUUUCGGCUAAUGGACUUUGGUGAAAUGGAUUCAGAUAUAAGAUUAUUUUUAAAACCCAAUGCCCAUUCGUUUAAAUGUGAAAAAUUAACAAUAAAUGGCAAUAGAAAAUCAAUUGUAUGCAAUGCUCCCCAAUUUACAGCUUUACCUCGUGGAAAAGGAACAUUUCUAUUACUUGAUGUAGAAUUAACUCUCAGCGCAAAUGAUAGUAGUUAUAAAAAUCUGGAAUUGGUUAUAAUAAAUAAAAAUCCUCAUUAUGCUACAAUAAAUAAAAAAGCAGGAAGUAAAGAGUUAAAGUUGGAUUAUCAAACAUAUGUAGAAAACAUCCAAAGAUUUUUAAAGUUACACUUUGGUUUUGAAUAUGGCACUCUAAAAACAAUUCAAAGUUUCAAUAAAUAUUUCCCAGAUAUUUUCUCUGAAUUAAAAUUGACAGCAUCGUUUAGUCCCAACUAUGACUUUGUUGAAAUUAUUUUUGGGGAUACAGAUCAUCACAACAAAUUUUUUAUUUAUCAACAAUUUGCAAGCUCAGCAAGUUAUUCUAUUGGAUUUUUCAAAAUUGUUGAAAAUCACAGCAUUAAUGAGGCAUUAAAUACUCAAAUAAAUGAAGAUUAUUUACCAAUAAUGAAGAAAUCCCAAAGCUCCUGUUUUACUUCGUGUUCAUCAGAAAUUACUAUGAUUAUGAAUGCUGAAUAUCGUAAUCUAACCAAAAAUUGUAUUACAGAAGGAAGCAGUGUUGUAAUGCCAGAAGGUGUAACAUUAAGGUGGCGAAAAAAUGGUCAUAAUAAUAUUAAAAUAGCUGCAGGCAAAGACAAUGGUAUUGUUGAUGAAUUAAAAAAUGAUAUAGGAUUUUCUGCACUAUUUCUUCAAGAAAACGAUAUAAUAACAGCAAAAGUUACUACUUAUGAUAACAUUACAAGUAACUUGGAAAAAAUUUUAAAUUAUUUUUUGCCUCUAACUCCUCCAUCAAUACCUGCAGCUGAUUUAUUUAAGUCUGUUCUUCAAAAAAGUGUUGUAUUUCAGAUGGUUAUUAUUAGGCAAGGUACUGUUUCGCUUCAAUGCACUCUUGUUGAAGAUUGGUCCAUUGCUAAAGGUUUGAUUUCAUUAAAUGGAAUUAACUUGACACUUUCUGUACCAUUUAAUAAUUGGAGUCCUAUUAUUAUUUCUGGAAGUGGAGAAAUAUUGGUUUUGGGAGAAAUGAUUGAAAUCAAAAUUGAAAAAGCUCAGGAUAAAGAUGAAUAUUUCCUCACUGCCGAUUAUAAUAUCAAUAACAUAAGUGCAUUGGCAACUGCUGCAAAUGAUAUAGAGUUUCUACCUGAUGAUGACGAAUAUCGCAAACUAGAAAGUUUAAAAACACUGCCACUUUCAAGUUUAUACUUAAAGAUAAAAUUAAAUUCUGAAGUUUUAAAAUUCCUGGGCACAUCUUUAUCAUAUGCUAAUGUAAGUGAUAAAGGAGUUUCAAAUUUUUCAACAUUAGAAAUUGUUUUGUAUAACAAAGAUAAUAGUGCAAGUAUGGUUGUUGGAAUUUGCCAAGAACUUGUUUCUUUCGAAAAAUUUAUAAAAGAAGUUUUAGACAUUAAUUUAGAGGGUGUACCGUGGUUAACUUUUGAAAAGUUUUGCUUUCUUGUUGCAAAGGAAGAAGAUAGUAUCAUUAAACAACAUUUUAAUACUGAAAUGUAUCCACUAUUGAAAAAAGGUAUUGGUUAUAAAGGAAGAAUUUCUUACAACAAUAUUGUUUGUCAGACCACAAUGAAGUCUGGUGAAGAUACGCAAGUACUUAAUAACUAUGAAGAUAUGUGCAAUUUUAUUAAAAAUAAAACUAAUGACUUUAUGAAAUUCAUUGGAGGCGAAGGCUCCAUAUCUCAAUCAUUAUUUACCUUUACAACCAUUGUUAAUACUGAUCAGACAGUUGUAUUUGAUAUUGGAUCCUUACAAAUGAAAAAUCCAUCUUUCAGUUUAAAAGAAGUAUACCAAUACACAUAUAAUGUUAUAGAAAAAUCACCUAAAAUUGCAACACCAAAUACACGACAAACGAAACUACAAAAACAUAAUCGCCAUAAUUACAGAAGAUCUCGUAAUAAUAUAGUACACUCAGGUGAAACCCAAAAUGUUGAAAAAAUAUCUUCUACAAGAGUGUUUGGAGUUGUUAUUGAAGGUGAUGUCAAAGAUACUUCUACUAAUUUUGAGUGCAAAGGUGCCAUUUCAAGUUACGAAUCUGGACAGCUAAUACUUAACUGCGUGGAUGCUAAAAUUUCAAUAAGCUAUAGUGAAAUCACAAAUUUCCCAAAUAGUGAUAAAGAUGUGUUAUUUAAAGCUUCCCAAGGAAAGAGUGUUGCAAUCAAUAAUGUUUUUUCUGUAUUUGAGUUUCAUUCUAAAAUGACGGUAAUUUAUGAAAACAGGGUUAUGAAAAUAGAAGAUGGAUCAUUAACAUUAAAUUUAUUAAAUAUGAGUCAUACAUAUUUUUCUGCUGAAUUAAAAGAUGUUAGCGACUUCAAAACAAUCUUAAUAAAAUUUCAAAUGAUAAAAAACUUCAAACCCUUGCCUACCUAUAUAUUCAGCGGUUCAAAGUUUUAUGAAAGUGCUUUGCUGGUUUGGAGUGGUAAAGAUUCUGUUAUUGCUGCUGCAAGCAAUCGUACUGCUCAGGCUUCAGUCUUAACUUUAUUUGGAUCAGUUAAUAGAAGUUCAAGUGCAGUUGAUUUUGUGAUGAUAGCAAAAAAAUGUUAUGCAAGAUACGUAGAAUGGCUUCCAGUAAUGAAUGUUUCAAAUAGCAAGUUUAUUGUUUAUAAAAAAAAAAAAAGUUCAGUUGGACCAAAGUUACAGUUAGAAUGGAAUUGGUGUCAAUGUAACAAAAAUUCAAACAAUUGCAACAAAGGUAUAAAGUCAAUUAAUAUUUCUGGCAAAAUUGAAACUAUAGGUAUUUCUGACAAAAUUGAGAUUAUUCUGAAUAAACAUGGUCAUUUUGAGACAUCUAUGAACAAAUAUUUAUUUUUCAAUGAAGCACAAGCUUUUAUUUCUAUAAAACAAGUAACAGAUCUAGAGGCUUUAAAUGAUAUCAACCCUCAACUUCAUGUGAACUUAAUACAAGAUGAUGAAACCAAGUUCUACAUAAAAGACACAGUGGAAAGUCAUUUUAAAACUUUGGCUAAUGAGUUUGUAUCUUUAUAUAAUGGAAAUUCCUUUCCUCUGAUAAAUAUAAAGGCUGAAGAUCUAUUGUAUCAUCCUACAAAAAAAAUAAUAGAUGCAAUAAAACCAAUUAACAAUAUGAUAUCAGAUCAAAUAUUGGCUAUAGAAUCCAUUGAUAAAGUAAUGUCUAAAGAUUGCGUAGAAGAAUGUGUUGCAAGUCCAGUUAACAUCCCUGGUAUUGUUACUCAACAAAACUCAGAAGGAAUUUCUUUUAAAUGGCUACCAAAUAAUCAGAGAGCAAUUAAUGUGUCAUGUGUUACUGAUUGUGAAAUUAUUAAAAGUAAUCAAAAUGAAAAUUUAGAUGAUAAAAUUAACAACAUUAAGAAAGAAGUCAUAAUCUAUGACAAGUUGGUGGGUGAAGCCAAGGAGUUGACUGAUUUUUACUCUAUAUUUGAAGAAACAACUAAAUCAAGUUCUACAGCUUUUGAUAGUAACAAAAAAAAAUUUGAACAACUUUUUAAUCUUCUGAAUAAAGAUAUAAAUGGAGAUUUUUUUAAAAUUGAAAAAUUUGAAAUAAAUGCAAAUGUAGCAGAUAUUAUGGUGCUUGGGUCCAAUUGUGUUCAAAACUUCAAAGCUACUUAUACUAUGUUUAAUCAGCCAAAAGAAUUUUCAUUCUGUCAGUGUUUUAAUGGAGAAUAUGCAACCUACUUUGCAAAUAAGGUGGUUGAGAAUUAUUUGGGAGAUGAAUUCCCUAAUCUGAAAGCAUUCUAUGAAUUUCACGACAGUUAUGUUGUAAAGCAAGAAGUGUAUUAUAAAUCUUUAGAAGAUAAUUUAACAAAUUUUUAUGAAAAAUACGGAAAUGUUCAUGAAGAAGAAGUUGAAGAAUCUCCUAGUCAGCGUUUUACUGUUCAAUUUAAUGACUCGUUACUUGACUCAAGUGAAGUUUUGAAAUUUCAUACAAAGAAACUUUAUUUGCCACUGCUAACCCAAAGCAAACGUGGUCUUUUAGAUGAGAAUCAUUAUGCAAUAACACGCAGUAUUAAAACAAGAAAAGCAUUUUUGUAUAGUUCUCCUUGGGCAGCUUUAAGUGUUUUUGAUCUUGAAAACUCAUUAAAAGGAGCACAAUUAGCUGUUCGAGCUCUGCCAACCAAUAAAUCUCACUGUCAUGCAGUAUCAGAAUCUGGAAAUCAAUAUAUUGGAUUGUACUCAAGUAUUCGCUCAAUUUCUGACUCGUAUAGUCAGACUAAAGACCAACUAAGUUUAAUACAUCAAUCAAUGCGGAACGAAACUAAUGUUUUAAAGAGAUACACAGUUGGCUCAUCAAGUGAAACAAAGAUUGAUCAAUUGUAUUGGAUCAGACAGUUAGAACGAGGUACACAGCUCUUUUAUGAUUUAAUGCAAAAAAAACUUUCCACAUACAGUUCUCAUGCAUUAGCUGCAUUCAAAACAAAAUUUGAGCGUGCAUUAAAACGAAAUGGUUUUCUAAAUAUUAGCAGAUUUAUAAAAAAAUUAAAGGAGCAGGUACAAACAGCAUCAAGAUCAGUUAAAAAACAAACAAGUGGUAUGGCAGCAGUUUCAAGAUUGUCAGAAGCGAUUGUAGCUUUGUUUAGCAAGCCAAACCAGAAAUUAGAUUUAGUUGCUAAUCGUAUCAAAGAGAUGGAAAAAUAUGUAAUGAAUAUUAAUGGAAUGGUUCGCACCUGUAAACAUUAAUGAUUGUCAUAA